CCCAAAAAGUUCCACACUAGUACUUAGCAUUAAACGAAAAGGAAUUGUAUAGGCUACAGCUCAGCCGCGACCCUCGUGGGGAUACACGGCACAGAAUAUGAAUGGAUAAUUGAUAAUGGGACCAAUAAAACUUAGUUUUCCAGUAAGCGCGGUGGGGGUCGAGAGAGAGCGAGAGAGAGCAAAGGAGAGAGUAGAAGGGAGGCGGAGUGUGUUCAGUGUGCUGCUGCCGUCUCCCACCGUGCAGCCAAAGUUUUCCAAGGAAUCUCAGUCGAGGACGAACCGCGGUGGCUGAGCUGCGGAGGAGGACUUUUUCUUUCUUUUUCUCUCGUUCUCUCUCCUCUCUCUUUUACGGGACUUAACGCGACUCCCUUCCCGGUCGACUUUAUGACAAAAGUUCGCAUCGCGGCCACCGCACUCCGGAGCUUUUUCGCCUCAAUUUGAAUCCCCCGAAGGAUGUAUUUGGACUGAAAGAGCACCACUAAGUGCUGGGAAGUUUGUUUGUUUUUUGUUUUUUUCCACCGAAAUGGAAGGGAAUAUUCCGUGGAUUAUUUUGUCUUUUUUAUUGUUCAUGCAUCUUUGUGAAGGUUUUCGUUGCAUUGAUAAAUACAGGCCGUGUGAAAACGGAGGGACAUGCAUAGAAUCACCCUCCCGAUGCAUAUGUCGUCCAGGAUUCAUCGGUCCGCUGUGUCAGCACCAGGAUCCCUGCCAUCGAUCACCGUGUCUUAACGGGGCCGCUUGCAAGAGCCAAGUGGUCAACGGUAUCCCGCAGUACAGCUGCGUGUGCCAGAGGGGGUUCAGAGGCCAAGACUGCUCGCUCAUCGACGCCUGCGCCACGAGUCCGUGUGCCAAUGGCGCCCGCUGCGCCAACUGGAAUAACCACUACAACUGCUCCUGCCCGCCCGGGUUCCAGGGAAAGAAUUGCCGCAGCGACGUGGACGAGUGCCGCAAGCCCGGCGCUUGCCUCAACGCCGGCCUCUGCGUCAACACCCACGGCUCCUUCCGCUGCCAGUGCCCGCCCAGCUACAGCGGGCGCAAUUGUGAGGUGUCCACCCAGCCCUGCGCCCCCUCGCAGUGCCUCAACGGCGGGACCUGUCGCCAGAUCAGCGACCAUUCCUACGAAUGUGCAUGUCUGCCUGGCUUUGAGGGGCACAACUGCGAGAGUAAUGUGGACGACUGCCUGGCCCACAAGUGCAUGAAUGGAGGCAAAUGCGUGGAUGGAGUCAACACGUACAAUUGCCAGUGUCCACCCGAAUGGACAGGCCAGUACUGCGCCGAGGACGUCAACGAGUGUCUCAUGCAGCCAAACGCCUGCCACAACGGCGGGACCUGCUUCAACACCAUCGGGGGUCACACGUGCGUCUGCGUCAACGGCUGGACGGGCGACGACUGCAGCGAGAACAUCGACGACUGCGCCAUCGCCGUUUGCUUCAACGGGGCCACGUGCCACGACCGAGUGGCGUCCUUCUUCUGCGAGUGCCCGGUCGGAAAGACGGGUUUGCUGUGCCACCUGGAGGACGCGUGCGUCAGCAACCCCUGCAACGAGGGAGCCGUGUGCGACACCAACCCCCUGAACGGCCGCGCCAUUUGCACCUGCCCCGCCGGCUUUGUGGGAGGCGCCUGUAACCAGGACAUGGACGAGUGCGGCAUCGGUGCGAACCCGUGCGAGCACUCUGGGAAGUGCGCCAACACCGUGGGCUCGUUCCAGUGCGAAUGCGGGCGAGGAUACGCGGGGCCGCGUUGCGAGAUCGACAUCAACGAAUGCCUGUCCAUGCCCUGUCAAAACGACGCCACUUGCCUCGACCGCAUCGGGGAGUUCACCUGCAUCUGCAUGCCAGGCUACAUGGGGACCUACUGUGAGACCGACAUAGACGACUGCGAGAGCAACCCGUGUGUGAACGACGGAAUCUGUCGGGACAUGGUCAACGGCUUCACGUGCACCUGCCAACCCGGCUUCAAGGGCACCAUGUGCCAGAUCGACGUCGACGAGUGUGCCAGUACGCCCUGCCAGAACGGCGCCAAGUGCUACGACCGCCCCAACGGCUUCGAGUGCCACUGUGCCGAAGGAUACGAGGGCACACUCUGCGAGAGCAACAUCAACAACUGCCAGCCCGACCCGUGCCACCACGGCACGUGCGUGGACGGCAUCGCCAGUUACACGUGCAACUGCGACGCCGGCUACACGGGCUACCGCUGCGAGAACCAGCUCAACGAGUGCCACAGCAACCCUUGCCAGAACGGCGGCAAGUGCGUGGACCUGGUCAACAAGUACAUCUGCCAGUGCCAGCACGGCACGUCAGGCACCAACUGCGAGAUCAAUUUUGACGACUGCGCCAGCAACCCGUGCGAUUUCGGCAUCUGCAAAGACGGCAUCAACCGCUACGACUGCGUUUGCAAGCCCGGCUUCACCGGUCCCAAGUGCAACGUGGAGAUAGACGAGUGCGCGUCGAGCCCCUGUCGCAACGGCGGGACCUGCGUGGACGAGGAGAACGGCUUCCACUGCCAGUGCCCCGAGGGAUUCAAGCCCCCGUACUGUUACUCGCAGGUGGACGAGUGCGGCAGCAGCCCCUGCGUCCACGGCGCGUGCAGGGAUGACCUCAACGGUUACCGCUGUGACUGCGAGCCAGGCUGGGUGGGAAAGAACUGCGACCUGGACAGGAACGACUGUUUGCCGAGCCCCUGCCAGAACGCCGGAACCUGCAUCGACCAGCUCAACGGCUUCACCUGCAAGUGUCGCCAGGGCUUCAGAGGUAACCUCUGCCAGGUGAACAUCAACGAGUGCGCGUCCAGCCCUUGCCUGAAUAAAGGCACCUGCGUGGACGGCGUGGCCAGCUUCACCUGCCUGUGCGAGCUUCCCUACAGCGGACCCACGUGCGCCGAAGUGCUCACCCCGUGCUCCCCCAACCCUUGCGCCAAUCAGGCCGUCUGCACCCACACGCCGGAUUACCUGGGCUACCAGUGCAAGUGCCAGCCCGGUUGGCAAGGGCAAGUGUGCAACAGAGAUGUGAACGAGUGCCUCUCCAAUCCGUGCAAGAACCGCGGAACCUGCGCCAACACACUCGGGUCCUUUGCGUGCUCCUGCAGGCCCGGCUUCACGGGCCCCACCUGCGACACGGACAUCGACGACUGCUCCCCGAAUCCGUGCCUGAGCGGAGGAUCGUGUACGGACAGCGUCAACUCCUUCCACUGUAGCUGCCUGCCGGGCUUCACCGGGCCCCGCUGCGCCCUGGAGAUCAACGAGUGCCAGAGCCUGCCCUGCAAGAACGGCGGCACGUGCACGGACUACGUCAACUCCUACACGUGCACCUGCAGGCCCGGCUUCACCGGCAUCCACUGCGAAACCAACGUACCGGAUUGCACGGAAAGCUCGUGCUUCAACGGGGGGACGUGCACAGACAAGAUCAACGGCUACUCGUGCACGUGCCGCUCGGGCUUCACCGGCUCGCACUGCCAGUACGAGGUCAACGAGUGCGACUCGCAGCCUUGCCUCAACGGGGGUCUCUGCCAGGAUGCCCUGGAGUCCUUCCGCUGCACCUGCCCCAAAGGCUACGCCGGCACGCGCUGUCAGACACCGGUUGACUGGUGCAGGCGCUCGUCUCCCUGCCAGAACGGCGGACGCUGCCGUCAAAAAGACUCGUCGUACGUCUGCGAGUGCGCUCACGGCUGGUCCGGACGUUACUGCGACAUUCCCACCGUCUCCUGCGAGACGGCGGCUCGCCAAAGAGGGCUCCAGACGGACGAGCUCUGCCACCACGGCGGCCAUUGCGUCAACGCGGGCAACGCGCACUACUGCAAGUGUCCCGGCGACUACACGGGCAGCUACUGCGAGAGUCAAGUGGACCAAUGCGAAGACAAACCCUGCCGGAAUGGCGCCACCUGCAGGGGAUAUGUCGGAGGAUAUCAGUGCGACUGCAUGCCAGGCUUUACCGGUCGGAACUGCGAACUGGAAAUCAACGAGUGCCAGUCUCACCCUUGCCAGAAUGGAGGCACGUGCAUCGACCUCGUCGGGCAUUACAUCUGCUCCUGUCCUCCCGGCACUUUAGGCGUCCUCUGCGAGAUCAACGAAGACGACUGCGCUCCACCCAUGAGGCUUCGCGGCGGCCCCUCCAAGUGCCUCAACAACGGCACCUGCGUGGACCGGGUGGGGGGCUACCGCUGCAACUGCCCUCCCGGGUUUACCGGCGAGCGGUGCGAGGGGGACAUCAACGAGUGUCUCUCCAACCCCUGCAGCCCCUCCAACAGCUUGGACUGCAUCCAGAUGCCCAACGACUACCAGUGCGUCUGCAAGGCCGGCUUCACAGGUCGAAGGUGCCAAAACCGGUUCAGCGCUUGUGAGUCUCAGCCUUGUCAGAACGGAGGGGCGUGCUCCGCAUCCAGUUCUGUCCUUGGCUACACGUGUACAUGUCAGCUAGGUUACACAGGGCCCAACUGCGAGCGAAGCAUGUCCUGCCGCGAGCUGUCUUGCUACAACGGCGGAAGCUGCACCCUCACCACGCGGGGGGCUCGCUGCACCUGCCCGCCCGGUUACGGCGGUCCGCAGUGCGCCCACCGCAGCAACGAGGGCUGCUCCUCGCAGCCCUGCCGCAACGGCGGCCUGUGCACCGAGGAGACGGCGUUCCCGUUCUUCCACUGUCAGUGCCACAGCGGCUGGACGGGCAAACGGUGCGAGCAAGCCGGCCGCGUCAACGAGAGCCCGGCCCUGGCGUGCCCGCUGGCCGACUGCCACGGCAAGGCCAACGACGGCGUGUGCGACAAAGAGUGCAGCACGCUGGCUUGCCGCUGGGACGGCGGCGACUGUUCUUUGGCGGUCAACCCGUGGGCCCGGUGUUCGGACUCUCGCUGCUGGCGGGUCUUUAACAACAGCCAGUGCGACGAGUCGUGCAACAACGCUGACUGUCUCUAUGACAACUUUGACUGCAAAAGCAAGGAGAAAGUUUGCAAUCCCAUCUAUGAGACCUACUGCAUCGACCACUACGCCGACGGCCUUUGCGACCAAGGCUGCAACACGGAGGAGUGCGGCUGGGACGGCCUGGACUGCGCUCAAAAGGUUCCGGAAGACAUCGUGGACGGUGCCUUGGUUCUGGUGGUGCUGCUGCCCCCGGAGGAGCUGCUGCGCACCAGCACCGCCUUCCUCCUCAAGCUGAGCGCCAUCCUCCACACCACGCUGCGCUUCCGGCUGGACCACAACGGCGAGGCCAUGAUCCGCCCCUACACCCGACGGGAGGCCCGCCUCAAGCGGGAGCUGCAGCCACAGCAGGAGGUCAUCGGCUCCAUAGUGUACCUGGAAAUAGACAACCGCUUGUGCACCAACGACUGCUUCCCGUCGGCCGAGAGCGCCGCGGACUACCUGGGGGCCUUGUCGGCCGUCGAAAUGCUCCGCUUCCCGUACCCCCUCAAAGAAGUCCGAGGAGAAAAGAUUGUGGACGCGGAGGACCCGAUUCCCCAAUGGGGGAAGCUGAUGCUGGUGGGCAUAGCCUCGCUUUUCCUGCUGGUCAUCAUGGUGUUCGGCAUGCUGAUUUCCCGGAGGAAGCGGGAGCACAGCACCCUCUGGUUCCCCGAGGGCUUCUUCCUGAAGAAGGAUCCCAGCAGCAACAAGAACCGCAGGGAGCCCGUGGGCCAGGACGCUCUCGGAAUGAAACAUAUGCCCAAAACUGUUGAAGAGUCUCUUCUUGGAGAUCACAGCGACCAGUGGAUGGACACCGAAUGCCCGGAGCCUAAAAGACUGAAGAUGGAGGAACCAAGCAUGCUAUCAGACGGCGACGACGCCGUGGACUGCCGGCAGUGGACGCAGCACCACCUGGCGGCGGCCGACAUCCGCGUGCCGCCCACCAUGGCGCUCACGCCGCCGCAAGGGGAGUUCGAAAGCGACUGCAUGGACGUGAACGUCCGAGGACCAGACGGUUUCACUCCACUGAUGCUGGCGUCCUUCUGCGGCGGCGGCCUGGAGCCCGAAAUUCCCGAGGACGACGAGAGCGAGGAGUGCUCGGCCAACAUCAUCUCGGACCUCAUCUACCAGGGCGCGUCGCUCGCCGCCCAAACGGACCGCACGGGCGAGACGGCGCUCCACCUGGCCGCCCGCUACGCCCGCGCCGACGCCGCCAAGAGGCUCCUGGACGCCGGGGCGGACGCCAACGCUCAGGACAACACCGGGCGGUCGCCCCUGCACGCCGCCGUGGCUGCGGACGCUCAGGGAGUGUUCCAGAUCCUGAUCCGAAACAGGGCCACAGAUCUUGACUCGCGCAUGUACGACGGCUCCACCGCGCUCAUCCUGGCGGCCCGGCUGGCGGUGGAGGGAAUGGUCGAAGAACUCAUCACUUGCCACGCGGAUGUCAAUGCAGUUGACGAACUGGGUAAAUCCGCCUUACACUGGGCCGCCGCCGUCAACAACGUGGACGCGACUGUUGCCUUGCUCAAGAACGGCGCCAACAAAGACAUGCAAGACCUUAAGGAGGAGACGCCGCUCUUCCUCGCGGCCCGCGAGGGAAGCUGCGAGGCCGUCAAAGUUCUGCUGGCUCACUUUGCCAACCGGGAGAUUACGGACCACAUGGAUCGGCUGCCCAGGGACAUCGCGCAAGAGCGCAUGCACCACGACAUCGUGCAGCUCCUGGACGAGUACAACACCGUGCGGAGCCCCCAGGGCCACGGCGGAGCCGGACUUCACCUCUCCAGCGGGCACACCCUGUCGCCGCUCAUGUGCCCGCCCAGUGCCUUUCUGCCCAGCCUGAAGACCACCCCGCAGGGCAAGAAGAACCGCCGGCCGGGGGCGAAGGGCUCCGGCCUGGGAGGCCAGCACGCCGCCGGUCUGAAGGACUCGGUCAAGGCCCGCAACAAGAAGCUGAGCUUGGACAUGCAGAGCGCCUUGCUGGAGAGCUCGGUCACCCUCUCCCCGGUGGACUCGCUGGACUCGCCUCACGGCGGCGCCAGCAACGCCGGCUACAUCACCAACCCGACGUCCCCGGCGGCCAUGCCGUCGCCGGGGCUCUUCCACUCGUCCAUGUCGGUGCCGAGCACGCCCAUGGUGCACGCCGGCCUGCUGGACGGCGGCGGCCCCUUCGCCGUGUCCCUGGCGCAGCUCAACGACCUGGGCAACGGAGGCCUGUCCCUGCAGGGCCGCGUCUCCGUGCCGCCCGACGUCAGCCGCGGCUACGUGCUGAGCUCGUCCGGCCAGAUGGGGCUGAACGUGGGCCUGGUGAGCCCGGUCAGCGUGCCCUUCGACUGGCAGGCCCGGUUGCCCGCCUCCCAGUGCGGCCAGCAGGUGGUCAACCUGGUGCACCCGCCGCAGCAGAGCAUGCUGAUGCACCAGCAGCACAUGUACCGCGGCGCCAUGCUGCAACCGACGCCCGUCACCUCCACGCCCAGCGUCAGCCCGGUCAAGCUGCCCUCCAUCGCCGAGCAGCAGAUCAUGAGCCACCCCAUGAGCGGGCAGCAGAGUCUGGCCCGCAUGGCCUCGUCCACGCCGCCCACGCCGCAAACGUCGCAAGCCCCGCUGCCUUUCUUCCAGCAGCCCCCGCCGGGCGUCGCCCAACCCGCGGCCCCGCAGCCCGGCCCCGCCGAGGAUUACCCCACCCCGCCCUCGCAGCACAGCUACACGUCGGCGCUCGACGCCACGCCCAAGCAUUACCUGCACCUGCCCGCCGAGCACCCCUACCUGACCCCCUCGCCCGAGUCGCCCGAGCCCUGGUCCAGCCCCUCCCCCCAGUGCGUGUCCGACUGGUCGGACUCCACGCCCAGCCCGGCCGUCGCCGGCUCCGCCCAGACCCAGAUUCCCAAAAACCCCGAGGCCAACAAAAAGAUGCAGGUGUUUUCUUGAAGAUGCCGUUUUGCGUCCGCCUGUUUCCAAGAUUUUAUAUUGGAUUUUCGAUUGACUUGUUAUUAACGCCGAGGACCGCCCGCCCGGGCGGGCGUCUCUCGGGUCACUGUAAAAGGGAAAAACGUGUGUUGUCUGGGAAAAAACAGCAGACAAUUGAAUGAAGUAAUUCUGUCACAGAUGGACUUUAUUAUUAAAAAAAAAAGAAAAAAAAAAUGUAUAUGAAGCCAACCAAGUCUUUUAUUUGAAAAGACUUUGGGGUACUCGCCUGAAAACUAACCAACAUUUAAAAAGUAGAUCAAAUCUGAAGGGGAAUCGUUUAUUUUUAUUUAUUGUUUGUAUUUUUUGUAGCUAUUUUUUUUGUCCUAGUUUCACACGAAAAAAAAAAAAACCCGAAAAGCGCCAACUUCUUAACUAAUUUAAUUUAUCCGUUCCGUCGCUCUGCCAGCGUGGCGACGCCCCCCUCCCCCAACCCCCCCCCCCCCCCCCGAUUGGAUACAUUUAUGCUUUUUUCGUUAGCGUUAUUAAGAAUGUAGACGAAUUUUGUCCGAAGCACUUCAAGUGGUGACUGGCCAAAUGAACCACACGGCGGAUAUUUAUAUGACGGGAGUGGAAUUGAAUUUUUUUUUUUUUUUUUAAAUGAUGGCCUCUUUAAAAAAAACAAAAAAUUCCACCUCUGAUUCAUUUUUAUGUAGUUUUUCUCGUCAUCAUUUCAACUUUUCGCCUUUAAAAUCAGCCUCUCACUGCCUUUUUUUUUUUUUUAUAAAAAUGCUUGUUUCAUUUUUUUUAAUACAUUCCUUAUCCUAGUUUCACCUCAGAUUUACUAAAAUAUGCUCGCCAGCUGCUAUUUUUUUUUCCUCCAUCAUUCCACACGGCAAGUUUCAAUAUAUACAUAUUUUUUUAAUUUCCUGCCGUUUAUCGAGCAUCUACCGUGCUGAACGUACAUUCUUAGAGGAUUGUCGCGAGGGACGCUACCGUGUAGUGCUGCACCUUUUCGCUCCCCAAGAUGGACGACGCGCUCGCUUUGAGAUUCGAUCAAAAAUGAAAAAAAUGACAGUUUCAUAAUCGCCGUAACCGUAUUGUGAACGCGAGUGGCACGCCACACCUGUAGAAACUACUACUUCUGCUACUACUAGUCGUUGUUUAUCGUUGUCUCCCGUUCACGUUUGUUCACGAGUUCCGCUGCGACUCGACCGAAAACUUUUGUUUCGGUUCGAUUCAUUUUUUUGGACAUGUUUUAUAAAUAUAUAUAUGGCGUGACUUACCUGCCGGUUUUCCCCUCCCAGGUCGCACUGAGUGUUUGUACAUUUCGACUUUUUAACGUUUUCUGUGUGUACAUACAGUAUGUUUUGUUCCUGGGUAGUUCUUUUUUUUGCUUGAAAAGUCUGAUGUUUCUAAAAUGGCUAUGUACUAAAAAAAAAAGACAAAAAUAAAAUGUACUUCAUUUAGCAUAA